CUCUUCCUUCGCGGAGAGAGGAGGCGGCGCCUGGGCAUGGCUCCUGGGCCGGCGCAGGGUCUCCCCGAUGGCGGAGGCCGAAGCGAAAGAACGGGCGUUGCGAGCGGUGAAGCGCUGCUUGGUCGGUUUCCCGACCGAAGCCAGGGAAUUGUGUUGGCCAGAAUCAGUGCUGUAUCUUGAGAGCCCUCCGCCUCCCCUGGAAUUCUAUCGGGAAUGGAUCUGCCCAAACAGACCAUGUAUAGUCCGAAAUGCUUUCAACCACUGGCCAGCUCUGAAGAAGUGGACCUUGGGUUACCUGAGGCAAAUAAUGGGCUCCAAGCUGGUGAGUGUGGCAGUAACCCCCAAUGGUUAUGCUGAUGCAGUUUAUCAGGACUGGUUUGUUAUGCCAGAGGAGCGACAUAUGCCUUUCAGUACUUUUUUGGACAUUUUGGAGAAAAAAGUAACUUCUCCAGGGGUGUUCUAUGUACAGAAACAGUGUUCAAACCUGACUGACGAAUUUCCUGAACUUAUAGGCGAUGUGGAGUCUGAGAUACCUUGGAUGAGCGAAGCACUGGGAAAGAAGCCUGAUGCUGUGAAUUUCUGGCUGGGAGAAUCUGCUGCAGUGACCUCAUUACACAAAGACCAUUAUGAAAACUUGUACUGUGUGAUUUCUGGAGAGAAACAUUUUCUGUUGCAUCCACCAAGUGACCGUCCUUUCAUCCCAUAUGAGUUGUAUCCACCAGCAACCUACCAUAUCUCAGAAGAUGGGUCAUUUGAUGUUCUAGAAGACAAAACAGCAGAGAAGGUACCCUGGAUCCCUUUAGAUCCAAUAAAUCCAGAUCUGGAACAAUACCCAGAGUAUGCUCAGGCAAAACCUUUGAGGUGCACUGUGAAGUCUGGUGAAAUGUUGUAUCUUCCUUCUCUUUGGUUCCAUCAUGUUCAGCAAUCAUAUGGCUGCAUAGCAGUGAAUUUUUGGUAUGAUAUGGAAUAUGAUCUAAAAUACUCCUAUUAUCAGCUGCUGGAUUCUCUCACAAAAGCUGCACAACCAGUCUUGGGAUCUUCUGAGUACAGCUGACUUCUACAUCUGAUGUGGAACUGUGCUUAGAAUUUUUGUAGACCUUUAUUCGUAUAAGUUAAAUAAAUAAUUUCAUAAUUGAUCUCAUAAAGACAGACAAUUUUUUAGUAUUAUAUGAAUGUAUUAUAGGAGAUGUUGGACAAAUUGUACCUUACACAACUUCAGUGAACUGCUUUGUCUCAUCACUGUGUCAGUUACCAAAUUGUAAUUGAGGUGAACAACAUUAUCUUAAAAAAUUAGAAAGAUUUUCUAGUUCCAUUUCAAUUAGAUUUCAGGAUAAUGUUUGGAAGUGACACCAUUUAGUUCUAGUGUAAAAUGGGUUUCUGCAGAUAAACAGUGUUCUCAAUAUUAUUCAUCAUCUGUAUAAAUUUGUUGGAUGAAAGCAUAUGAAAUGGUGUUUAGUGCACAGUAUCUGCCAGCUUCCUGUUGUUUAUCCAUUAGGCCUUCAAGCAAUGCCAUCUGUGAGUUAGUGCCUGGUUCACACAUUAUACUAUGUCAUACUGUUUGCACUGGGUUUGGCAAUCAUUGCAAUUUAGCAUAAAGUGUGAACUGGGUCAUUGUGGCUAAAAACAAAAUUCUGGCCUAACAUGAUGUGUGAAUCCAAUCUCUGUGAACAGAACUAAUAGGCUAAUAAACUAAAUCA